ACUUGUAUUAUAAUUUCGAAUUUCCCACGAAUACAUACUGAAUUAGUGAAUACUAAAGUCACUAACACAUACAGCUAUCUGAAUUCCAGAUCCACUUGCCACAUGCACUAGGCAGACACUGUAUUACUGUAUACAUGCAUACGUGUCUGAAAAAGUAGCGGUACUUUAAUUUACCUUAGGCGGUGUUCGAAGAUAGGAAGUUUACAAUACAGUUUUCUUGACACCCUGACAUUUAAUUUAAUGUCACUGAAGAACUAUAAUUAUAAGAAAGUAAUAUAAAUAUGGGUGAUCAUUCAGAAGGUACACAGAAAUCGAAAAAUGCACGUUCACAUAGUAAAUUUGCGACAAUUAAAGAAGAAAAAGACACGAAUGAUUCGAAUUGGUGGUUGCUGUUUGGAAUUAUCGUAAUACUCACAGCAGGCACAAGGUUUUAUAAAGUUGCAGAACCGCAACAUGUUUGUUGGGACGAAACACAUUUUGGAAAGAUGGGAAGCUGGUACAUAAAUAGAACAUUUUUCUUUGAUGUUCAUCCACCUCUUGGGAAGAUGUUAAUUGCAUUGUCUGGCUACUUGACUGGAUACAAUGGAACAUUUUCUUUUGAGAAACCAGGACACAAGUUCGACGAUGUAAAAUAUGUCGGUAUGAGAGUUUUUUGUACGUUUCUAGGUGCAACUAUAGUUCCACUGGCAUAUCUCAUUGUAUGGGACUUGACAAAAUCUGUUCAGGCUGCAGCAUUUUCUGCCUUCUUCAUUCUCUUUGACGUGGGAUUAUUGACGUUAAAUCAGUACAUUUUACUAGAUCCUAUAUUAUUAUGUUUUAUGAUGUGUGCGAUGUGGGGCAUGGCUCGUAUGGGAGCUCUUCAUAACGAGCCUUUCACAUUGAAAUGGUGGGGAUGGUUGUCGUUUACAGGAGUUUCACUUGCUUGUACGAUCAGUGUAAAAUUUGUUGGCUUGUUCGUUGUUUUAUUAAUUGGACUUUACACUGCUUUCGAAUUAUGGAGAGAGUUAGGAGACUUGACGAAGCCUAUUACGCACGUUGGAAAACACUUGUUAGCACGAUGUAUUUGUCUAAUCUUGUUACCAAUAUCGUUGUACAUGCUAUUCUUUUACAUUCAUCUCGCUAUCCUGAACAAAAGUGGCAGCGGUGAUGGAUUUUAUAGUUCCGAGUUUCAAUCGCUACUAGAAGGAAAUUCUUUGCACAACGCGACGAUGCCCCGUGAGUUAGCUUACGGAGCUGCGAUCACGUUGAAGAAUCAUAGAACCGGUGGAGGAUAUCUUCAUUCUCACUGGCACCUUUAUCCGCAAGGCGUUGGAGCAAGGCAGCAGCAAAUCACCACUUAUUCGCAUAAAGACGACAAUAAUUUAUGGCUGGUAAAAAAGUUUGAUACGAACGAGAUACCAUCGGAACCAGUAUUAGUCAAACACGGCGACCUGAUACGCCUGGAACAUGUUAUUACGCGUCGCAAUUUACAUUCGCACAAAGAGAUCGCGCCCGUUUCAAAAAAGCAUUAUCAAGUUACAGGAUACGGGGAAAAUGGUACCGGCGACGCGAACGAUGUAUGGAAGGUUUUAAUAGCAAACGGGAGAGACGGCGACGUGGUCGAAACGGUGACGAGUAAAUUGAAACUCGUACACUACUUACACCACUGCGUUUUAACAUGCAGUGGUAAAACAUUGCCAAAAUGGGCGUACAAUCAACAAGAAGUUUCUUGUAAUCCAAACAUGAGAGACAAGAACGCGGUAUGGAACAUCGAAGAUAACAACUAUGCAAAAUUACCAAACGUUAGCUUCCAAGUGUACGCGCCUGGAUUUUUAAACAGAUUUCUGGAAUCGCACGCAGUUAUGCUGCAAGGGAAUUCGGAUUUGAAACUUAAAGAAGGAGAAGUGUCGUCGCAACCUUGGCAAUGGCCUAUCAAUUACAGGGGUCAAUUCUUUUCUGGUAGCAAUCCCAGGAUAUAUUUACUUGGCAAUCCGAUUAUAUGGUGGGGCAAUAUCGCUUUUCUGAUACUCUUUAUUAUAUUGUAUAUUCACGCUUGCGUAAGACAGCAGCGUGGUUGCGUAGAAAGUCCUAAAGUUCUUGAACAGAGGAAUAAAAUACUGAACGCUGGGAAGUGGCUUUUCCUCGGUUGGCUGUUACAUUACGCGCCAUUCUGGGCGAUGACGAGAGUAUUGUAUUUCCAUCAUUAUUUCCCGGCUCUAUUGUACAGUUCAAUGUUAACUGGGAUAACUUUGAAUUAUAUCACCGAGAGCUUACUUAUUCUCUUGCCAAAUAAAAUUGGGAAUGUCGUCUACCAUACGAUAGUAGGUCUCGUUAUUUCUACUAUCACGUAUAGCUUCUAUCUGUUUUCUCCAUUGGCUUAUGGUAUGGUUGGCCCGUUUUCCUCAGACCCUGAGAGUCCAAUGCAUUCUUUGAGGUGGGUCGAUACAUGGGAGUUUUAAUGAUUACACAUGAAAUACUCAUGGAGAUAGUUUAUUCAACGAAUGUCUAAGUAUUUGUACAUAUCAAUAAAGUUUUAUACAUUUAUAAAUAAAGGCAUUUAACUAGCC